AUGGCGCGGAGCCCGGGGCCGUGCGGGGAGCUGGGCCAGCAGUCCGGGCCCGCGAGGGGCUCUCACUUCCCUUCCCAAACGGCUGCGGGUGCAGGUGCCGCGGGCCGAGCCCCGCAGGCGGGGCGGGCCCUUUGGACACGCCCUCGCGGCGAGUCCUCGCUGCCCGGCGAGAGGAAGCGCCAGAGCGGCGGCUGGUCCUGCGCGGAGCCGGGCCACCACUCCGGCCCCACGCGCAGGGACGCCGCCGGGUUCCCGCACCUGGCACCGGGCACGCCGCGAGCCGGGGAUGUGAGCUGCUCCCCCGCGGCAUGGCAGCCUCAGUCAGGAGUGCUUGGAGGAUGCGACAUCCUCAUCAUCUAUGGUCCAGAUGCCGCAGAUUGGUGUCAGUACCUCCAGGAACUCUUCUUGUCAAGUCGGCAGGUCCGCACCCAGAAGAUGCUGACUCACAGACUGAGCCCCGGGGCUUCUUUCUCCGCCCAGGACUUGAGCCUCUUCCUUAGUGCCCGCUGCAUCGUGGUGCUGCUGUCUGCAGAGCUGGUGCAGUACUUCUACCAGCCAGCCGCACUGCCCCUGCUGCAGCGAGCCUUCCAGCCCCCCCACCGCAUGGUGAGGCUGCUCUGCGGGGUGCAGGACAGCGACGAGUUCCUGGACUUCUUUCCCGACUGGGCCCACUGGCAGGAGCUCACUUGUGAUGAUGAGCCUGAGAUUUACGUGGCAGCCGUGAAGAAGGCCGUUUCUGAAGAUUCUGGGUGUGACUCAGUCACUGACACCGAGGCUGAGGACGAGAAGGUCCUUCCCUGCUCGAAGCAGCAGAACUUGCCGCUGGAGAAUUCGCCUGGGAACCUGAUGGUGGUGCAGCCAGACCGCAUCCGCUGUGGGGCAGAAACCACGGUCUACAUUAUCGUGAAAUGUAAGUUGGAUGAGAGAGUGACAACAGAAGCAGAAUUUUCCCCUGAGGAUUCUCCUUCAAUUCGGGUGGAAGCCAAGCUAGAAAAUGAGUACACCGUUUCGGUCAAGGCGCCCAACCUUUCCUCUGGGAAAGUUUUUCUGAAAGUCUAUUCCAGGGACUUAGUGGUAUGUGAAACUACCAUCAGCUAUUAUACUGACAUGGAAGAAAUUGGAAAUUUAUUGUCCAAUGCUGCCAACCCUGUGGAGUUCAUGUGUCAGGCCUUUAAAAUUGUGCCUUACAACACAGAGACCCUUGAUAAAUUGCUAACUGAGUCCCUGAAGAACAACAUCCCUGCAAGUGGCCUGCACCUCUUUGGAAUCAACCAGUUGGAGGAAGAGGAUAUGAUGACAAAUCAGAGGGAUGAGGAAUUGCCCACUUUGUUGCAUUUUGCUGCAAAGUAUGGACUGAAGAAUCUCACUGCCUUGUUACUCACCUGCCCAGGAGCCCUCCAGGCAUACAGUGUGGCCAACAAGCACGGCCACUACCCCAACACCAUCGCUGAGAAGCAUGGAUUCAAGGACCUGCGGCAAUUCAUCGACGAGUAUGUGGAAACCGUGGACAUGCUGAAGAGUCACAUUAAGGAGGAGCUGAUGCAAGGGGAGGAGGCCGACGCCGUGUACGAGUCCAUGGCCCACAUCUCCACAGACCUGCUCAUGAAGUGCUCUCUGAACCCCGGCUGUGAUGAGGAGCUCUACGAGUCCAUGGCCGCCUUCGCCCCAGCCGCCUCUGAAGAUCUCUAUGUAGAAAUGCUUCAGGCCAGUACAUCUAACCCAAUCUCUGGAGACAGCUUCUCUCGGACCACCAAAGACUCUAUGAUCCGCAAGUUUUUAGAAGGCAACAACGUGGGAACAGUGGAGAGGGAGCUGCACCAUUUUGGUCAGGAUGAAGACGUUUAUCACACAGUGGAUGACAACGACACCUUUCCUGUGGACGUGGCCAGCAGGCCCCCUGCUCCAGUGCCCAGGCCAGAGGCCAGUCCUCCUGGUGCACGCCAGCUGCCUGACAAUGACCCAUACAUUUCAAAAGUUUUUGCAGAAAAAAGUCAAGAACGGCCUGGGAAUUUCUACAUUUCCUCAGAGAGCAUCAGGAAAGAGCCACCCGUCAGACCAUGGAGGGACAGGCCCCAGUCGAGUAUAUAUGACCCUUUUGCUGGGAUGAAGACGCCAGGCCAGCGACAACUGAUUACCCUCCAGGAGCAGGUGAAGCUGGGCAUCGUCAAUGUGGACGAGGCUGUGCUUCACUUCAAAGAGUGGCAGCUCAACCAGAAGAAGCGCUCGGAGUCCUUCCGCUUCCAGCAGUUCUUCACUCUUCCCUCCACCUUCUCUUUCCCCUCUCACUCCUCCCAGCAGCCUCCAGGAUCAGAUGAGAAAGACUUGGAGAUCACAGUCCCAAUUCGGCACUCACAGCACCUGCCUGCAAAAGUGGAGUAUGGAGUCUAUGAGAGUGGCCCCAGGAAAAGCGUCUUCCCACCCAGGACGGAGCUAAGACGAGGAGACUGGAAAACAGACAGUACCUCCAGCACAGCAAGCAGCGCCAGUAACCGAUCUAGCACUCGGAGCCUCCUCAGUGUGAGCAGUGGGAUGGAGGGGGACAAUGAGGAUAAUGAAGUCCCUGAGAUUGUAAGAAGUCGUAGUCCAGGCCCCCAGCAAGUAGAUGGAACACCCAUGGUGCCCCUUGAAAGGCCCCCCAGGGUGCCUCCUCGAGCUGCUUCACAGAGGCCUCCAACCAGGGAGACCUUCCAUCCUCCUCCACCAGUACCACCCAGAGGUCGCUGA